AUAUUAUAUUAGCCGCUUAUCUCGGAAUGGACUGGGAUGGAAACGUGAAGCAACAAGCAAGGGAUGAGCGCUUUGUUGCUAAAGCGCAUACGUUUUCUUGCUCGGUCAGUUUGUUUUUUGGGGGUGGGGCAAUAAAACUUGCUUCUUCACAAGCUUAUCCCCGCCCCCUUUCCUGUCUGUCCCGACCGGCAGCAGUUGGGUCUCCCCAUCUCUCCUCAACUUCCGCGGUCUUCGGCCCGAGCUGUAUGAGGCAGAAAUUCGUCCCACGUACGGUUUGGAGGCCGAGCCCCACCCCUGCAAUAAUGGUGCAGCUUAGGUCAACUAAUACGAAUAAGAUACAGUUCACUCAACGAUUGCCUUUGGGUCCCGAACUCCAUAUGGGGAAGGAACGUUGUUGUUUGCGAGGUCUUGAUCAUUUACAUGGACCCACUUCUCAUUCCAUUUGUGGGAAAUUUUUUAUUUAUAAACCGUCCUCAACGAGCGAAAGGUUCAUGUUUGAACAUGAUGAAUCACUUCGUGCGGCCCUGUUGCCCAGAAACUUUCCUGCCUCAUAUGAGAAUGGAAAACUGGAAGAUUUUUUGCAUCGGUGGAUGAAGAAUCACGAACAUAAAAAUUUCUGGUUUAGCAUGUUCCCAGAAAGAAGAUACUUUUUUUCCAUUCGAGAAACGAGGAGCACGACUGAAGUGGCUAUACAUACAAAUCCAUUUACAGAUCUAUAUGCUCCGAUUGGAACUGGAAGUUCCAGAACUAGCGGCUGGUAUACCACCAUAAUGAAAUUGCCUUUUAUUUUUAGUAUUCGGAUAGGAUUUUUGUUGGCUUCAUCGGGAGGCUCGCGUAGUUUGUUACGUCAACUCUAAAAGGAUAAGUUGCAUUGGAAUCGAGAAAGGCAGUGUGUUGUUACAGUUCCUCGUGAGAAUACAGUAAGCGUGCAGUCCGGGCACGCGCUUUAUGAGGCAUGCAGUUUAUCUUUGAAAUAG